AUGUGCAAUCAAUGGGAACUCAAGAUGAUGGCCUGCGGGCACGUCACCGGCGACAUGGCUGUCGAGCGCUGUCCCCUCUGGGAACCUGACAAGGAAGACGCUUGCCCGGUGUUCUUUCACCGGAUGCCUGAGGUUCGUCCUUGGCAAAUUGGGGACGGCGCUUGCGAUGAGUGUGAAGCAAGAGAGUUCAUGAGCGCGCAAUGGGCUCGCGCUAUUGGAUUUGGGGUCUCGUUAGAUCCGACCGCCCACGCCGCAUUCUUGUGCGCGGGGAGGUAUCUCCGAUCCCUUACCAACGUCCGCUGGUCGGACCAAAAGCUUGUCCAGUACCUCCUAAUCUCGGAGUACAUAGAAGAGGGUACUGUCUUAGACGUGGCCGGCGCCUUGCGGGGAUGGGGUUACUACAUCCCCGAGGUGUCGGUUACCACCCCGGACCUAGCGGACGCGAGCAAGGAGCUCGGCUUGGGGGUUCUCCGGCCAGCCUCAAGCGCAGUGGGAGACGAGGGGCUUUUCAACCCUUUAGGCUCCGCCGAACUUGCCGAGAACCACGAAGUCGACCCGCUCGGGCUCGGCAUAUUGGAAGAAGCCACCGAGUGGAAGAGCACAAUCCGUUCUAUGUCCGCUGACGGGGUGGGAGAGCCCCAGGACGAAACACAAAUACUCGAGGCUAAGGGGGUGGAGCUGCCUGUCCCGGAGUCAUUCUUCCCGGACCUCGACUAG